AUGCCGGCGAAACGUUUGCGAAUGUACCACGUCCACGGUCCUACUCUGGAAAUGAUCAUGCCUACAAUGGACUCCGGACAAGAUGCGUUCCUUCAAAAAAAUGUCAAAACUGGUGUCUCAAAAGAAAGCAUCAUCUCGGUGAGCGCAAUCUCAAACUGCGGCCAGCUUGCUCCUCAUCUGCCUCGUCAAAAAUGUGCCAAUCCAUUCUUCCUCCUCUGCAGCUCACUAGCCGCGAGCACCAAGGGCGAAUCGGACCCGGCCCGUUUACUUCCCGUCGUCCCCGGGGUCGUGGGGUCCAGCGGUGCCGACUCCUCGCGACCGAUCCGGCCCACCCGACAACUGGCGGUAUCUCUUCUUCUUCCCUAUUGCACUCGUUUCGAAGGCAGGCUUGUAGACCUACGUCAUAAACGAUACCAACUCCUGAACAAGCGCAUCCAUUCUGAAGUCAUGUAUACCUUCUAUUUGCCACAUCUUAUGCUUUCUAUGCCUGGGUCGCCUGGUCACACCAACUUCCUCUCUUUUCAAAUCGUUGCCACCCACGAUACUCCCACUCGGUACCAAUUGUCAACAGUGCUACAGACUAUCUCCCGGUACAAGUCUGGACUCGUGGCCAUUGUGAUCUUCACUUUUUGUUUGUUUGAGACAACAGACUAUUCAGACUAA